CAAAGUGUUCUUCGUUAAAAAGCAUUUUCCAUUUCGAUUUUUUUCUUCCGCUUCACGCACAAAAGCAUGACUAUCUUUUCCGUUCCUUUAAAUACUCGCUCGAAUAAUCAGUACUGCUCAAAAAUCUCGCUUCCCAAAACUCCCUAAAUUGUGAUCAGAGAAAUUCCAUUUCCAAAACUCCCAAAGUUCUUCAACUGGCUAUGGAAGAAACUGAAAAUGUGGAAGAUACUGAAGUGUCAGAAACUGCUACUCAAUGCCGGUCGACUCUGUCUCUAAACUCAGAGAUCGAAGAUGCUGAAGCAGAAACUAAUAAACGCAAGCCGACGCAAGUGAUCGGAGAAACUACUAAACGCAGGCGGACGCCGUUGAAUCCGGAGUUCGGCGAAGAUGCGGAAGCAUCAGAGACUUCUAAACUUUUGUCAAAGCCAGUGGAUGGAGAUGCUUCUAAGCCAGUGGAUAGAGAUGCCUACGGCAAGAUACCACUGGCAUUUGCCUCUCCGGAAAUAUACCAAGCUGUGGCAGAAUCUGCACCGCCAGAUGUUCGAGCAAAAUCCGAAAAAGAAAUGGCCGCUUAUGUGAAUGAAAUAAUCAUGCGAUAUGCUCCUAGUCAGAAAGAGAUGGAACUGCGAGAAUACAGGGACAAAAUCAUAUCAGAAUAUCCGCGGUUACACGAGAAAUUAUAUGCUAUUCAUCCCACAGAAAUUUUUGUCCCUUCCUUUAUCAAGGCAAUCAAUGAGAAAACAGAGGAUAGGUUCAAGAAUAUCAUUUCUCAGCCCUUUCCGGGUAUUUUAACCUUCGAAAUCUUUCAACCAGAGUAUUGUGAGAUGUUGGUGGCUGAGGUAAACCAUUUUCAAACCUGGAUCCACAAAGCAGAUAUCCGAACUGAGCAUCGGAACAAUAUGAACAACAUGACAUAUCUUGAUGAUUUAGGAAUGGGAUGUAUGCUUCAAAAUCUCAUGGACAGUUUUAUAAGUCCAAUUUCCAAAGUUUUCUUCACUCAGGUUGGGGGAUCUACCCUUGAUGAACAUGAGUGCGUUGUUGAGUGUCAUACCGAUGGCGAAAAUGAAUUAGCUGUUCAAGUUGAUGAUGCGGAACUUACCUUAAAUGUGUGCUUGGGUCAGCGAUUCUCUGGGGGAGAAUUGUGCUUCCAGGGUGUAUAUUGUGAGAAACAUGUGGACACUCCGACACGACCUGAGGAGGCUUUUGAAUAUUCACACAUUGUGGGGCAGGCAAUUCUCUAUCAGGGUCGCAAUAGGCAUGUUUCUAGGGUGACUACAGCUGGGAAAAGAUUCAAUUUGGUGUUAGGCUGCAAAAGCACUGCUUUUAGGGGAAUGUGUGAGCUUAUGAGUGAUUUUAGUUGGUGUUCCAAAUGUAAGCGGGAGAAGGAAAGGAGAAUUAGGGAAACUGUGUCUACAUUCAUGGCGGGGAUUAGGCUGAAAUGAGGGUGGUACGGUUAUUGUGCUGAAGUUGAGUCUGUCAUACAAACAAACACUUGGGUCUUUUCCGUUUUCAGGUGCUGCUGGGAUGAGUGUGGUUUGGUUGCUGUGCUGAAGUCGAGUCUGUCAUACAAACGAACACUCCUUUUUUAAUCAUACAAACUCUGCUAUCAUUGUGAACUUGUAAUGUCUGUUAUCACAGAACAGAUUAAAACUUUGUUUCAAUGUUGUUGCUUGUUUUCUUAAAUACUACCUAGA